AUGUCCUCGGCUCUGCAGUGGAAGAUUGUGCGGAAGUUCAACAAGUUCCAGCAUGUCAACUCCAGCGGCGAUGGCCGUGUCUUCUCCAAGGAGCCCACCAACCUGAAGAACAUCAACUCCCCACGCUUCUCUGGCAUUGUCAACGCCAAGGCCAUUGGUCUCAAGGCUGGUCCCAAGGGCGGUGCCAUUGUCAUCACCAAGACAAAGAAGGCUGCUGUCUGCCCCAAGAAGGGCUUCCAGGGCGUCGCCCUCCGCCGUGGCGCUCGCCCCACCAACCGCGCUGUUGCCAACGUUGCCCGCUGCCUGAGGCCUGACCUCAAGCGUGCUGCUGUUGCCCGCGCGUCGGCCCUCAUCCUCGCCUCCAAGCCCAAGUCCGGGUCUAAGAAGUCCCGCUCUGGCCGCAAGUCCCGCAAGUCCCGCAACGAGGCAAAGAACGCUGAGGUGUGCGAAAAGCUUGUCAAUUUGGCAACAGCUGCAAAACGUUACGAAUCCAAGCAAGAGAUGGCCAAGUUGCAACGACUGCAAGCGCAAACACAGCAAGUGUUUCACGACACGCAAGCGUCCGUGCCUCCAUGGUUCACCAUGCCCAAGCCCACUGUGGGAGCAGAGGUACAAUCGCUGCCGAUUGAUGCUGCGUGGCACGGCUUUGCAACACACAUGUCCUCCGCAUGUGUCACCGCCAUGGAGCUCUUCUGCAGAGACCGCCGCCAGCACGACGCACCCACCGCCCAGUUCCUCGAGCGCAUGCGCCACCACACUUCCCGACGAGCAGCUGCAGCGGCGGCAGCGGCGGCAGCUCGGCACGCCCCACAAUACCAACGAUCACAUCCACAGGCACAAGCACAUCCACAGACACACCUCCGUCCACGCCCGCAUCCACACCGGCAUGUGUGCGCACCAGCACCAGCACAACAACCACAGAUUCAAACACAACCGCAGCCUCAUGUGAGGAGGGCAGUCUACCAGCGCGACAAUGCCGGCAUCUCCUCCGUACAGCAACCGCACGGGCAAGCAUAUCCACAGACCCAGCCGUUUCAGACCAACUUGGAGCUGCCGCCUGGUGACUACGACGUUGUGUUCUCGGAUCGUGAUACGGGACAAAAGCAAGCAUACCGCCUCAUCAUGGGGCCCAACGAGCGCACAACCCUCGCGCUGUCCCGUCCAAGAUAACACAACACAACGCACUCACUCACUCAUGCGAAGCCCAGUGUUGUUUUGCUGCCCACCACGCAAGUCAUGUCAACGUUCAUCAUACACGAUCCGCCACCAG